GCGAGGAGCGGGCGGGCGUCCGGCGCGGCCAUGGAGGGCAUGGACGUGGACCUGGACCCCGAGCUGAUGCAGAAGUUCAGCUGCCUGGGCACCACCGACAAGGACGUGCUCAUCUCCGAGUUCCAGCGGCUGCUCGGCUUCCAGCUCAACCCGGCCGGCUGCGCCUUCUUCCUGGACAUGACCAACUGGAACCUACAAGCAGCAAUUGGCGCCUAUUAUGACUUUGAGAGCCCAAACAUCAGUGUGCCCUCCAUGUCUUUUGUUGAAGAUGUCACCAUAGGAGAAGGGGAGUCAAUACCUCCUGAUACUCAGUUUAUAAAAACAUGGCGGAUCCAAAAUUCUGGGGCAGAGGCCUGGCCUCCAGGGGUUUGUCUUAAAUAUGUCGGGGGAGACCAAUUUGGACAUGUGAACAUGGUGAUGGUGAGAUCGCUAGAACCCCAAGAGAUUGCAGAUGUCAGCGUCCAGAUGUGCAGCCCCAGCAGAGCAGGAAUGUAUCAGGGACAGUGGCGGAUGUGCACUGCUACAGGACUCUACUAUGGAGAUGUCAUCUGGGUGAUUCUCAGUGUGGAGGUGGGUGGACUUUUAGGAGUAACGCAGCAGCUGUCAUCCUUUGAAACGGAGUUCAACACACAGCCACAUCGCAAGGUAGAAGGAAACUUCAACCCGUUUGCCUCUCCCCAAAAGAACCGACAAUCAGAUGAAAACAACUUAAAAGACCCUGGGGGUUCCGAGUUCGACUCGAUCAGCAAAAAUACAUGGGCUCCUGCUCCUGACCAAACCGAGCAAGAUGAGAAUAGACUCUCACAGAACUCUGUAAAUCUGUCCCCCAGCAGUCACGCAAACAACUUAUCAGUAGUGACUUACAGUAAGGCUAAGUGGACAUGUCAACAUAAUGGCACAUCUGUCAGUGCCAGGAACGGGACAUCCCUGGAACCCUCCCCAGCUGUCCAUGAAUACCAUCAGUUCUCUGGACCCAGUGCUCUAUGCCCAGAGAAAGCUCUGGAUUGGAAGGCCUGCUCCAGCCACAUCAUACAGCCCACGAGACCUGACACCACCCUGGGUGAGAACCAUCAGAGGGAGCCAGGGCUCCGUGGGCCUUACCCCUUCGGCCAGUCUUAAAACGGUGUGAGCAAGAAGAAAAAUUAACAAAAGACAGAAGGCCUGACUUUGGGGGGGUAGGGCAAGGGGUUCCUCUGGAUUGCAGACCACAUCGCACGGACCCGCGGCUCUGACCCCCCCAUCUCAAAAGAAGAGGAAGAAGGAGAACAGACUAAUUUUGAGUAAAUGCAGUAUGCAUGUGUGAAUGCUGAAUCGCAGGAAUGGCAUUGAGGCUACCAAGAAGAAAUCCGUGCAGCCACCUUGGGUUUUGUUUAUUAGGUGUCAGUCUGAUGAGUCAUUAGGUCACUCGGGAAGGGAAACAACAUUUAAAGUGGGGGAAAAAAAGCCAUCUUUUUAAACAAAAAUUACUUUGCCUAUAGACAGGUUGUAGUGUUGAGCACAUGUUAAUUUUUUUCCCUGUUUGCCCACUUUUGUUUUUUUAGAUAAGGGAUAACAUACUCUUCAUAGACUAGCUGCUUGCUCUGGAAGCAAUUCAAGUUAAAAGCUGGCGUGGCAUGUUUGGGACUCUGGGUCAGUGCUGCAGGAGGACAGUUGUUGUGCCACAUGACUCCAGAAGUCUCUGACCCCAUUUGUUUUUAAUGGCAUCAGCCAAUGAGUUAUCACCCUUUUCCUCUUCUUUUCUCUUUAAUCUUCUGUUGAUUUACACCUUUGACAUUUGUAUUCAUCAACCCUGUGGCUUGUUACCAUUAGAACCUCUCUGAAGACCAAACUUUCCUGUGUGGCCAGCAGAGGAAGCCUUGAGGACAGACCUCGGAUGACAUGGGAGUUUCUGAGGCUGAGAGGUGUUCUUCUGCACGCACUUGUAACAAUUCAGAUUGCUUUUCUUCCAUGUUUCCCUUGGCAGAGAGAAAUGCCAUCAUGCUUACUGCUUUUUUGGAUUCUUCGUGCACUGUGGCUCCCCACUCGCUCUGGGAACAGUGCCUCUGUGCUGGGUGUUUGUGUGCACCACGUGCACACAUGUGGGAUUGGUGCAGCUCACCAGCAGUGGGUGAGUGUGAGGGCGCUCCACGCUUCUCUGUGGUCACACAACUCCCUUCCCCAUGUUUCCCUCCAGUUUUCCUUCGUGGUGUUCUCACAGCCUGUUAGUAGAGGCUGAGCUGUUAAGGUAUGAGAUACAGCCCCACAUGGGGAAUUUGCCACCGGGGGAUAGACUAUGUGAUCUCGGAGACCACAUUUAGUUGGAAAUGAGAGGACCCUGCCCUGAGCAGGAUGUCAGUUAUUGCAGGUGGUGGGUGAGGAGCAGCCAGGCCGGAGCAGAGGCUGAUUGGCUGGCUGCCCACCUGGCAGGUAGCCCUACUGGCGUGCUGUGGAUUCUGAGCAGGUCGAGAUGUGGACCUCUCCUUGGGAAGCUUGAACCAGGCUAGAACAGCUGUCUGCCAAAGAUACAAGAAUAUGCAAAGUCCCUCUUCUUUUCUCGCCCCCCUUCUUCCCUCGAGUCUUGGUUGGUUUGAUAGCCGGGGAUAUGGAUCUAAGGUGCAGUUGCAGGGUCGCCUGCCUGUAACCACGCCACCCACCUAGGGGGGUGAGACAAGCAAGCAGGGAGACCACGUGAUGAGCGGCUGCAAGGGGUCAUAUAGCCUGGGUGUGGGUGUGGGUCUGCCUGCCUGUCUGUCUCUGUUUGGGUGUCUGAGUUCCAGAAUUGUGUGUUGUUUGUUCCUCCUCA